ACUUGCAAGGCGGAAGUAAAACAUGCAAGAUGGACGCGCUCUUAGCCGAAUAAAUUAGAGGAGGGGGGAAGAUCAAAUACAAUUAACACGUACAAACUCUUACCGUCUCCUCUUGUUAUUUGUUUCGUUUCAUUUAUGAGCAGACAUGGCGAGCACUCUGGAUUUCCGGACCCACGCCGACCAGUCCUGCAGAUACGCCGAGGAGUUUGUUAACAUUUACUACGACUGCGUGGACAAGAAAAGGAGGAACCUGACCCGGCUCUACCUGGACAAAGCCACGUUGGUGUGGAACGGCAAUGCGGUUUCAGGACAGGACGCUUUGGGCGAGUUCUUCGAGUCGCUGCCAUCCAGCGAGUUCCAGGUUCAAACUCUGGACUGCCAGCCGGUUCACGAGCAAGCAACCCAAGGCCAGACCACGUUGCUGGUAGUGACUGGCGGGAUCGUCAAGUUCGAAGGGAACAAACAGCGAUUCUUCAACCAGAACUUCCUCCUCACAGCUCAGGCCUCGCCGAACAGCGAUCAGCCCGUCUGGAAGAUCGCCAGCGACUGUUUCCGAUUUCAAGACUGGAACAGCUGAGCCUCGUGUUCCGCGUUUAUAAACUCGGGACGCUCGGCGGCAGCUACGUUUUCAUGAGGCUUGUUUUUUUUUUUUUUUUUUACUUUCUGUAAAGUAAAACUGUAUAAAUCGAGUGCCAAUAAUUUUAAUUUUGAGAAGUCACACGCGACAAUAAAGAGCCUUGAAAUGUUUUAAUUUCAAACAUUUGAAACUACAAAUUACUGCAAAAGUUGAAGAUGCUCAGCAGCCUGAAUCAGGAGGAUUUCUUUGAGUGUGAUAAUGAUGCAGAUUUGUUUCCCCGCGGUGAUUAGAGUUCAGUCACUCUGUAAAUGUGGCUUUCAUCAAAAACAAUCUGUACUUGGAUUUACACUUAGACUAUUAAUAUUGUGUUUAGAAGAAAAGGAAAAAAAGUGGACAAAAUAAAGUGGAAGUUUUAUAUUA